AUGCCAAGGAUAGCAAUGGCUGUCGUCGGGGGAUCCCCAGUUAAAAUCGACGUAUCGGCCCCAUAUAUCGUAGCAAUUGGUGAAAGAACAAACAGAGAUGUUUCUUGGUUUUGUGGAGGAUCUUUACUAUCGACAAACGACAUUUUAACAGCUGCACACUACGACGAAACUAAUUACGAAGGAAAUCAUGCGAAAGUCAUCGGAUGGGGAGCCAGAGAAUUUGGAGGUGAAGGCACUACCAAAUUGAGACAAGUCGAAGUUGAAAUUUUUUCAAAUGUUAAUUGUGAAAAAGCCUAUAGUAACAGCACGAUCGGACCGAAAACAUUUCCUAAAGGUAUAGCAAAACAACAACUUUGCGCCGGAAGUACAAAAGGAGGAAAAGAUGCUUGUCAGGGUGAUUCAGGUGGUCCUUUGGUUUUAAAAGACGAAUUUGGAAUAAUAAGACAAAUAGGAAUCGUUUCGACCGGUGCCGGAUGUGGAUUUAAAAUGUAUCCCGGAGUUUACACCCGUGUUUCCAGUUAUCACAAAUGGAUCGACGAACAGAUAAAAAAAACUCAUCCCCCGCCAUCGCUCCCACCACCACCCCCACAAGAUCAAAUACAUUUCGAAACAGUUCAAACAAAUAUUUAA